CAACAAAGCUUGAUUGAGAGAUCACAUAUCACCGUUGACGACUCUGGAAGGACGGCGCGUCAAAUUUGCUGUUUUAAUGAACAUCACAAAACGUGUUUUUGCUCGUUUUUUGACUGGAUAGUUUUGACGAGAUCGAGCUGCGCCGGUGGGCUGUCCAAUAACAGGCUGAAAGUAACGGCAGGCAUGAGGUUUGCACAUCUUUCUCUGGAAAUGCAUCAGUUCCGUUGGGCUGCCUCGUGACUCCAGCAGCGACCGAGAGGCGGAGGAGACAGCAGAUGAUCCGGGCCCCCGUCAGCUCCGGUCCGCUCCCCUGAAGCGCGUGUGCACGCCGGGACCAGGAGCACCAGAGGCAGCUGCACGGGGAGGCGCUGAAAUGAGAUGAGGCUCAGAAAUGGAACUGUUGCCACUGCGAUUAUUUUCUUCACGUCGUUUCUCAGUCUGUCCUGGUACACGGCUUGGCAGAAUGGCAAAGAGAAGUUGGUAGCCUAUCAGAGGGAGUUUCACGCCCUGAGGGAGCGUCUGCGUGCGGCGGAGCACCGAACCCUGCAGCGCUCCUCUGAGCUCAACUCAAUCCUCGAGCAGUUCAGACGGGCCAUCGCAGAGACCAACGGCAGCAAAGAUGCUCUCUCCAACUUCUCAGAUGAGACACAGAAGUUGCUGAAGGAGUUGGCUCACAGGAAGCCCCUCCAGGUGCCAAAUAUCUACCACCAUAUGCCUCACUUGCUCAACAAUGAAGGCAGCCUGCACCCUGCCGUACAGGCGGGCCUGGGACGUACCGGAGUUUCCAUGGUGAUGGGCAUCCCCACGGUGAAGCGGAAAGUAAAGUCAUACCUGUCAGAGACGCUUCAUUCACUCAUCGAUAAACUCUCAGCGGAGGAAAAGCUUGACUGCGUCAUCAUAGUGUUUGUGGGAGAGACGGACAUAGAUUACGUAAACAGUGUGGUUGCAGGCCUUGAAAAAGAGUUCUACACAGAGCUGAAUUCUGGGUUACUGGAGGUCAUAUCUCCCCCUGCCAGCUACUAUCCAGACCUCAACAACUUGAGAGAGACCUUUGGUGACUCGAAGGAGAGGGUGAAAUGGAGGACCAAGCAGAACUUGGACUAUUCCUUUCUAAUGAUGUAUGCUGUGAACAAAGGGGUCUAUUAUGUCCAGUUAGAGGACGACAUCGUUGCCAAGCCCAACUAUUUUGCCACCAUGAAAAACUUUGCCCUACAACUCGCCACUGAGGACUGGAUGAUCCUUGAGUUUUCACAGCUGGGCUUCAUUGGUAAGAUGUUCCAAGCCCCAGAUCUAAAUCUCAUUGUGGAGUUUAUCUUCAUGUUUUAUAAGGAAAAGCCCAUUGAUUGGCUGCUGGAUCACAUACUCUGGGUCAAAGUAUGCAACCCAGAGAAAGAUGCCAAACACUGUGAGAGACAGAAGUCGAGUCUGCGCAUUCGUUUUAGGCCCUCUUUGUUUCAGCACGUAGGCCUGCACUCCUCCCUUGCUGGGAAAAUCCAGAAACUCACGGAUAAAGACUUCCUGAAACCUCUGCUCCAUAAGAUUCACGUGAACCCGCCGGCGGAGGUGUCCACCUCUCUUAAAGUGUAUCAAGGUCAUACACUUGAUAAGACCUACUUGGGCGAAGACUUCUUCUGGGCCAUUACUCCAAUGUCUGGAGACUACGUCCUGUUCAAGUUUGAUCGGCCCGUAAACAUAGAAAGGUUCCUCUUUCGCAGUGGAAACCAGGAGCAUCCAGGAGACAAAAUCGAGAACACUACUGUCGAGAUCCUGCCCUUUUCGGACGCUGAAUUGAAGACCAAAGAGAAAUACAAACGAACAGAGGACCGCUUCUAUAAACUUGCUCAGUUUGAGAAAGGAGUGGCAGAGGGCACGGUUGACCCUGCCUUUAACCCUGUGGUGGCCGUUCGUCUGACGGUCCAGAAGGACUCCGCCGUGUGGGCAAUUAUUAGCGAGAUCCAUAUCAAGAGGAUACCUGGGUAACUACUGUGUGUCUCCAGUGGCCCGAGGCCCUCUGGUCACCAAGACAGGGUUGUGCUGCUCGCAGCGGUUCAAGAGUGACCCUCACAUUAUCAGAGUGUGUAAAGGAGCCCUGGCUUUGUCUUCUUCACCUCUUAAACUUUGCUUUUCUCUUUUCUUCUACUUGCCUUUGCCUCUGUCGUCAGACUUCGUUUGACCUUUUACUAUUCCCUGAAUUCUGUUGUGUGAAUGUGACUACUACUGUACAGAAGAAGAAAAACAACUUUUGAACAGAAUGUUUUCGGACACUAAAUUUGUGUCGUGAAGAAUUGCAAUCGUUGCUGUCAUUAAGGUCUGAAGUUCAGGAUUCAAGGUUGCACCAAUGCUGGAGAAUAUGUCCCCUACUGAUGAAGAUUGUCCUCAGCGCUCUGCCAUCAUGGACUGUAACUGACCCUGGGUCAGAUAAACGCGGCUGGAUUUCGGCUGUGGGAUGACAGAAGUUUUUAUUUUGAAGUCUUUGUGUAGCUGUGUAUUUUUUUUUUUUAGGUUUUAGGCCGUUGAUGUUUGAAACUCUUUUUAAGAACAUUUCGAGACCAGUUUAUUAUUUUACUGACUGCUUUGCCAAAAUCUAAAAACAUAUUUCUAAAAACAAACCGCAUAUCUUUGGGCCUCUACUUGGUCAGCAGAAGUGGCUUUUCUUCCUUUGUGUUGGUUUAGUGUCAACGAAUCAAUCAUGGCUUUUAAUCGGAAGGUUUUUAAUUGCUGUUGUUAUUAUUAUUAUGACGAUCUAUGAAGGUGAAUUAAUUUAUUUGAAAUAAAUCUUUAAUUUGUACAAAAGGUAAAUGCUUUUAUUUUAUAUUCUUUGGAAAUCUAUGAUGUGGCAGAGAGUUUAUUGUGGCUUAAAGUCGAGUGAUGGUUAAUGUUUGUAACUUUGUGUAGUUGAGAAGGGUGCAGGGCCGCCCACUUCUGUGCCUUAACAUCCAGUGUCCCAGGACUGCCUUGCGCCCCGUGUCAAAACGCUUAAAUCAUCAACAGGACAGUUUGUUAGUUGCUUGAUUUAAGUGAGACGUUCAAGUGUAGAGCAUGGCAUGUCCAUUUUUAUGUCCCCGAGUCUUUCAUGUCUUCAUUGAGCAUUUUCCAUCUCAAAUAAUCCGCUUUCAUCAUGUCAGUCAGAAAAUGUUCUCCUUUCUGUGCUGUAUCACAAGUAUCUGAAUGUUCAGUGAGUCAUGAUUAAGUCCAGAUGGAAUCUGCAGAUUUUUUUUCUGCACAGAAUGAAUUUAAAUGUGGUGAAAUGAUUAAUGAAGCUGAGGGUACUACAUUUUUAUGGUAGCUGAAAGCACAAUCUACAGAGUCCCUAAAGAGACAUGGUGGUGGGGAAAUAAAAUGAGUUGAUUUUUCAAAGAUCUUGCUUCUCUCAAAGUGUUUGUAUUCCUCCAUGAAACUUUGUGUUCUUUCAGAAAUGUUUUGCGUUCCCUGUGUUAAGCCAAAUACAGUAUUAGAGUUUUUUUUAGCAAAAACAAAUAGUAAAAACCUGAUAUAAUUCAGCCAUACAUUUUUAUCACCGUGAAAAUAGCCACAAAAGCUGGCGUGGCGUUAAACACAAACAAACUUUGUGAUGGAAAUAUGAGGUAGGACCAAGAACUAUUUUUCAGUACUUUUCGAGAGAACUCAACUGUUUUGCUAGACACUGAAAAAGUUUUGCAAGCGAAUGCAAAGUUUCUUGGGGGAAACGCAGCACUUUUUGCGAAUUAAUGCAAAAGAUUUGUGAGCAGGCGCAAAUUUUAUUGGGAGAACAGAAUUUUUGCGAGAGCAUUGCAAAGUUUCUCGGGGGAGUGUAGUACUUUUGCGUGUAAAAGCGAUGCAAUGCUUCUUGAGACUACGCAAUACUUUUGCAAUUUCUCCAAAAAAUGUUUUGUGAUUAAAAUAUGAGGUGGGGGAAAAAACAGUUUCAUUAAUUUUUGUAUGAAAACACAACAUUUUGCGAGCCAAUGCGAAGUUUCUUGGGGAAACGCAGUAAUAUUUACAAGUGAACGUAGACGUAUUGCGAGCGAACAAGCAAAGUUUCUUGAGGCAACAUAAUGCAUUUACAAACUAAUGCAAACGUUUUGCAAGCAAACUUAAAAGUGUUGAAAUGUUUGUUUUCCAUCACCUUGUCUACUUGGGGAUUCUGUAACAAUCAAAUAAGCCACAGUAUGUAAAAACACAUAGAACUUAAUGACUGCAGUUCAAAGGUUUCUGUAGAGUGCUGCUGGUGCAGAUUCUAUGUGGUUUCCAGCUAUUUUCAGAACACUGUACAUUUAUUAUAUUGUAAAGCUACAGUUCGUAUUUAUUUUGCUUGUAGCUCCUGACAAAGGGACUCGAUGGUGACGUAACUGCUGUACAGAUUUCCGAAGUGCUCUCGUCUCAUGUGAUUGUAUAUAGAUGAAAGUUUUAGUUCAGUCUGUCAUUGUAUAUUCCUUGAUGCUUCAGGUUUUUCUUUUUCGAUACAUACUGUACACCCUCAUUUUAGUGACUACUUGGAGCCGGAUGUGAAUCGCAGUGUGUCUUUUGUAAUAGAAAGCCAAUGUACUGUCAUAAACAUUUGUUUACAGUUUGUUUAUGAUCUCUCCUGAGAUAAAUUCUUGGUCUGAGUGUAGAGCACUGUAUCAUUAUUCUCCUUUACAUCCUCAUAUGACAUGACUUCUGGAGAAUGGACUAGUGAAACCACAGUGGAGUGGUUUUCAUCGUGUUUUGCCAUAUUGCUGCCUUUUUAGUCAGAUUUGUGCUCGAUGAUCUGUUUGCACAUCUGUUUUAGCACUGAAAGAUGGAUUGUUGUCCGUUGCCCUCGUUAAACUCUCAUGGGCCGGUUUCCCAUCAGCGCAUGUCCAUCUUGAAAUCCUCCCUUCGGUCUUACAUUGAGAUGAACCAGACAUGAAACGUGCUCCUCUUGUGUGGUGCAUUCUUGACUUUCAUGUGCCUUCAUCUGUCUUUCUCCAGCUCUGACACUGAUUUGAAUAAACCGUUCCAAAAUAAACCAGUCUUGACAUAACUCAUCA